AUGUUUUUAUAUUUGUCUUCUCUCUCUUUCACUCACAAAAACUUCUUUUGGUCUUUUUUUCUUUCUUUUCUGUGCUUUCAUGAUAUUGAUACGUAUCUCAAUUCCAACCAUUUUGUCAUCAAUGUAAAUUUCUGUACAUAUCUAUCUAUCUAUCUAGCUAGCUAUCUCAAUCUGUUCAUUUCUAUCUAUCUAAGGCUGUUCAUCUCUAUCUAUCUAUCUCAAUCUAUUCAUUUCUAUUUAUCUCAGUCUGUACAUCUCUAUCUCAAUAUGUUCAUCUCUGUCUCAGUCUGUCCAUCUAUAUCUAUCUAUCUAUCUAUCUACUUAUCUAUCUCAGCUCAUCUCUAUCUAUCUGAAUCUGUUCAUAUAUCUAUCUAUCUCAGUCUGUUCAUCUCUAUUUAUCUCAGUCUGUUCAUUUCUAUCUAUUUAUUUAUCUAUCUAUCUCAGUCUGUUCAUCUCUAUUUAUUUAUCUAUCUAUCUCAGUCUGUUCAUAUCUAUCUAUCUAUCUAUCUAUCUAUCUAUCUAUCUAUCUAUCUAUCUCAGUUUGUUCAUCUUUAUAUAUCUAUCUCAGUCUUUUCAUAUCUAUCUAUCUAA